AGUAGCUCUCUACUGAUGGCCUCCAGGGGUGGACCAGAGCGGGGAGGGUCUGAGGGGUCUCCGAAACCGACAGUCUCCGCCAUGAGGAAGACCUCUAGCGUCGGGAGCCAGGAGGGCCAGUUGUCCUUAAGCUGCCUGGGGGACCAGUGGUCCUCAGACUCCUUCAGCUGGUUAAGCGACAGCGCGGGCAGCGACAGCGAGCACGAUGAGGGUGCCUUAGACCAGCCCCAGCAUGACGUCCGCCUGGAAGAUCUCUGCGAGCUCCACAGAGCUGCCCGGUCGGGCGACGUCCCUGGGGUGGAGCGCGUCCUGGCUCCUGGAGGAGGGAUGAACAAGAGGGAUAGGAAGGAGAGGUAA